AUGAAAUCUGACGAACCUAUUAUUUCAAAUGAAUAUAUAACAUGUUAUUCAGAUCGUUUAGUUAUUCAUUUAUAUUAUUUUCCUUAUGGUAAAAAAACAAUUAAAUAUAAAGAUAUUCAAUUAUGUGAAUUAUGUCGAUUUAAUACGUUGAGUAAAUUCAAAUAUAAAAAAUGGGGAAUGGGAUUAUCAGCUAUUUGGUGGCAUUCAGAUAUACGUCGUUAUUAUCGAGCACAUUAUAUUCUUUUAGAAACAAAACAAUGGCCUAAAAUAGGUCUUACAAUGGAUGAUAAUCAUAUUGAUGAGAUUUAUCAAUUAAUUAAACAAAAGAUGAAUAAUGAUGAAUUAACAAAAACUUUACCACAGAAGAUAAAACUUAAUGAUAGUAAACAACAUGAACAUACUAUCAGUAAAAUAAUAGAGAAAAACAAAAGUGAAUAUCGAUAUUCGAUGGAUAGUUAUGGACAAGGAUAUGCCGAAUGGUAA